AUGGCAGGAAACUUCUGGCAAAGUUCGCACCACCAACAAUGGAUUCUGGACAAGCAGGAUCUGAUACGGGAGCGUCAGCAUGAUUUGAAAACGCUCUCCGAGGAGGAGUAUCAGAAGAUCUUUAUGUUCUUCGCCAACAUCAUACAGGUGCUGGGUGAGCAGCUGAAACUGCGCCAGCAGGUUAUCGCUACGGCGACCGUGUACUUCAAGCGAUUCUACGCGCGCAACUCGCUAAAGUGUAUCGAUCCGCUGCUGCUGGCACCGACCUGCAUACUGCUAUCAUCGAAGGUUGAAGAGUUUGGUGUGAUUUCCAACUCACGUCUUAUCACCACGUGCCAGACGGUGAUCAAGAAUAAGUUCAGCUAUGCCUACCAGCAGGAAUUCCCCUAUCGCACCAACCACAUACUGGAGUGCGAGUUUUACCUGUUGGAAAAUCUCGACUGUUGUUUGAUUGUGUACCAACCGUACCGCCCGCUGUUACAGCUUAUGCAGGACAUCGGCCAGGAGGAACAAUUGCUUACCCUUACCUGGCGGCUCAUCAAUGAUUCCCUACGUACGGAUGUAAGCCUUUUGUAUCCACCGUAUCAGAUCGCCAUCGGAUGUCUGCAGAUAGCGUGCGUCAUUUUGCAGAAGGAGCUUAAAUCCUGGUUUGCCGAGCUGAACGUCGACAUGGACAAAGUGCAAGAGAUCGCACGUGCUAUAGUGAACCUGUUCGAGCUUUGGAAGGGAUAUGACGAGAAGAAGGAAAUACAGGCACUGUUGGAAAAGAUGCCGAAACCGAAACCGCACCCGCAGCGGUGA